AUGGCGGCGGCGGGCUGCGGGGAGACGCGGGGGUCAGCGGGCACCCGAGGCUCCGGGCCUCCUGGGGACCUGCUAACCACCCAGGGACCCGGGCACCGGUCGCCCGGGGCGCGGCCAAGGUCAGCGGGGUCGGCACUGCGCGCAGGGGGCUACCACAUCGCCCAGGACCCCCGGCCUGGCGCCCGCUCCAGGCGGCGGGCCCCUGCGUGCCGGGAGCGCGCGACGCCGCGGCCCCCGAGCCCCCUCCAUGCGCAGCGCCCCUGCCCCGGUGCCCCACGACCCACCCCCACACCCCCGCCCUCGGGCCCACUCACUGAGCAGCCGGGCGGGGGCGGGGGUUCUCGCCCCCCAGAGCCCCCCGCCCCAGGCAGCCCACCCCGACUAUCCCCUCGCCGGAACCCCGCGCAGCCCGCCUACCCUACCCCACGCCCGCCCAGGAUCCCGAAGCCGGAACCUCAGGCCCUUGGACAUUCUGGAUCCCCACCCCCACCCCCACCCCGCCUGCCUCCUAGCGGGAAACCGAGGCAGGAGGGCCACCAGGCACUUGAGGACGCUCGGGCUUGUCUGCACCAUGGCUCCUGCCCUCCCUCGUCUUGCCAGUCCCCGCGGUGGUCGCGGCGAGGGGCCAGGCGAGGGCGUCCAGGGCUUCCACAGCAGGUACUGCCAAACCCCCGCCGCCCCUCCUUCUCCUGCCCUGUCCGAGCUGGCCCCGAGCCGCCGACCUUCUCCAAGGUGCCCGCAGGCAUCUCCCGGGCGGUCUUGGUGCAGAGCGAAGGCGCUCCGGAGGCGCAGCCUGGCUGCGGCCCAGCCCGGCGGCACCCUUGGUGCCUUGACCUUGGGCAAGUCUCCGGGCUUUUGGGCGUCUGA